CUCAGGUGCCCGCCCCGCCCCGCCAGGUGCGCUCCACCCCCAGCCCGGCCGCCACCUUCCCUAACUUCCCAGCGUCCGCCAUUCGCAGUCCCGCCCCUCGGACGUUACGGGUUGUGGAGUCCCAAGUCGGGGGAGCGUCGCCGCCGAGUGUCGCCUGGCGUCCAGGGGCCAGCUGGGGACCGACUAAGGCGUCGUACGCGCCAAGAGCCCGAAGAAGCGGCUUCCUGGGACCCGCUCCGGGCGCAGCCGCACCUGAGCUCGCGGGCCUCCCGUGCGCGCCCCUGGGCUUCCCGCACCUGCUCGAGCGUCCCCAACGGCCGGUGGCUCGAGGCCUGGCUCGCGGCGCGGGCGGCAGGUCAUGGCGCAGCUGUGCGGGCCGCGGCGGGGCCGGGCGCUCCUCGCCCUCUUAGCUUCGCUGCUCCUCUACGGGGCCGAGGCGGCCGGCGGAGACCUGGACGUCCACGAGUCUUGUGGCGUUUCAAAGGUAGUGGGGAAAUGCCGGGCUUCCAUCCCCAGGUGGUGGUACAAUGUCACUGAUGGAUCCUGCCAGCCAUUUGUGUAUGGAGGUUGUGAAGGCAAUGGCAAUAACUACCAGAGCAAGGAGGAGUGUCUUGAGAAGUGUGCUGGUGUCACUGAGAACACCCUUGAGGGUGUGGCCAGGGACAGGAAUGGAGCCGACUCUCCCGUCCUGAGUGUUCCCAGAAAGCAGGACUCGGAGGACCUCUCUGGUGAGAUCUUCAACUAUGAAGAAUACUGUGUCCCAAAGGCUGUCACUGGACCUUGCCGCGCAGCCUUCCCCCGCUGGUACUAUGAUGCUGAGAAGAAUUCCUGUGCCAGCUUCAUCUACGGCGGGUGCCGGGGCAACAAGAACAGCUACCUCUCCCAGGAGGCGUGCAUGCAGCGGUGCUCUGGCAAACAGGUGUAUCCUCUUCUGACCCUUGGAACCAAAGCGGUGAUCCUGGUGGGGCUGUUCGUGAUGGCCCUGAUCCUCCUCCUGGGAGCCUCUGUGGUCUGCCUGGUCCGCGUGGCACGCAGGAAGCAGGAGCGUGCUCUCCGCACCGUCUGGAGCACCGGGGAUGACAAGGAGCAGCUGGUGAAGAACUCCUACGUCUUGUAAAGGCCCCGAUGCUGAGAGAAGCAGGGAGGGAGAACACGUGCUUCUUAAAGGAGAGCA